AUGUCUGAAGUAAAACAACAAAUUGUUCCAAGUCCAUCACAAAACAUCUUAAACGAUAAAUGGGAUGUUGUCCUUUCAAACACAAUUGUUAAAACUGGUUUAGGUUUUGGUGCUGGUGUUUUAGCUUCAGUUUUAUUAUUUAAAAGAAGAGCUUUCCCAGUUUGGAUAGGUGUUGGUUUUGGUUUAGGUAGAGGUUAUGCUGAAGGUGAUGCUAUUUUCCGUUCAAAUGCUGGUUUAAGAACUGUUAAAGCUUAG